AUGAUACAUUCCAGAAUUCUUGUUGGUGCUCCGAAAGCAGAUUCAGGACAACCCGGUACCGAACAUGCAGGAGCUAUAUAUUCAUGUCCAAUUACAGCUCGUUACACUUACAGUGAUAACACAAAUGCUAAUGCAAAUUUUGGUUGGUGCCAACAGGAAAAUGUUGAAUAUGGCACCAUUGAUCAGAUGCAUAAACCGGUAGAUAGUGUACUUGGACGACAAUUGCAUUUUCAAGGCAAAAACAGGCAAUUGUUAGGAUCAGUAGUUGCAAGUGCGGGAAUACCAAAUGGAAUGGCUAUGGCCUGUGCACCAUUAGUACGAUACCAUAAUAGUUCAGCUUACACGGAUGGUACUUGCUUCGUACUAGAAAGUGACCUUACUCAAAAGGAAAUUCUAGUAUCAUGCUCACAACCAGGUUUACCCCGAACUGAUCGACAUAAUGAAUUUGGUUCUUGCAUGGAAGGUUUUAGUGGCUAUGUCGAUGAAUCGAUGGUUAUUACAGGUUUACCUGGUGCAAAGAAGUGGACAGGUGGUGUAUUUGGACGAUACUAUCCAAAGGAUAUAUUUGCAAUGAAUCGCGAUCGUUGGACAAUGGGUGUAGAUCCAAAAUUGCAUGGUGUGCGAUCAAAAUUUCAAGGGCAUGAUUAUCUUGGAUUUUCUGUACGACAUGGACGUUUCGGUUUUUGGUUCGAAGAUAAGGAUAAUACGACAAUUGUGGCUGGUGCUACGCGGUAUAAUCAAACAGGUGCUGUAACUUUUCUACCAUUUCGUAAUGGUCAAUCUCCAAAUUCUCAAGCUGCGCACUAUCUAACCCUUACCGAAGAUAACUAUAUGCUUCAAGGUUCACAACUUGGCUCAGCAUUUGGUUAUGCAAUCGAAGUUACCGAUCUUAACAAUGAUGGGUUCGAUGAUUUGUUAAUUGGAGCACCAUUUGAAUAUUCAGAAACAGUUGAUGGUUCAUUUGGUGGAGCUGUCUACAUAUUUUACUCAUCCGGAAUUCAUCGUGCACGUCAUGAAAACGGCAAUGUUUUCCUAAAGCCAAUUAAAAUUGGCGGUAAAGGAAUUUACUCACAAUUUGGUGUGGCAAUAACACGCCUGGGAAAUGUGGACGGUGAUAAUAACAAUUACAAUGAUUUUGCUAUUGGUGCACCGUUUGCUGACAAUGGAAAAGGUGCAGUCUAUAUUUAUCUUGGUGCAGGAUCACCAGAUACUUUCAAGCUUGAACCUGUACAGGUGAUAACAGCAAAUAAAUUACCGCAGCAAUACUUCAAUGUGGAACCGUUGAAAACUUUUGGAUUCUCAUUAUCUGGUGGAUCGGAUCUGGAUGGUAAUGGUUACAAUGAUUUGGUUGUUGGCGCUUUUGCAUCUGAUACGGUUAUCGUACUUCGAGCCAGACCAGUAAUUUAUAUUAACGCUCGACAUCUCGACAAUGACAUGAAGAUUGAUAUAGACGGUGAUUCGUCUUGUUUCAGGACUGCCCAAACAUGUUUUUCGAUCAGUACGGAAUUAUCGGUGGAUAAAACAAAUAUAAAAAAUUCAUCGAAGUUGCUAAAUUUUGAUACAGAUGUUUUCAAAUGUAUGCUUGAGGUCAUAGCAAUGAGUUCAGGAGUGGGAACACGAGCACGUAUCCUUGAAUCACGUAAGGAGAAUUACACGUGGAAUUGUGGGCGAGGUGCUAAUAAAAAACCACAAAUAAAGAAUCAUAAACUUUUUAUUACAAAUACAAAUAGCGAUUGGAUAAAUCCGAUAAAAUUGCGAUUUUCUGUACGAUUACGAAAUGAAGCGAUUCCACAGAUGCCGCGGAAUGGUGGCAAAAUAGUUAAUAUGAAUUUAUAUCCUGUACUGAAUAAGUAUGGAUCAGAGGAUACUUUCAUCAUACAUUUCAAUCGGAAAUGCGGCGUUGACAAUGUCUGUACAAGCGAUUUACAACUACGAGCGAAUAUGAAUAGUUUUUUUAGCCAAGAAGAGGAUGAAACGUAUAUAACACAGGUAGGCGAGAAGGCAACCAUUGAUAUAUCAUUCUCGGUGAGAAAUAAUGCUGAAAGGGCCUAUGAGGCUACACUAUUCGUAGAAUACAAUUCGGAUGAAUUAGAUAUUCCAAUUUUAAACAAAAAAGAUAGCCCUGUUAAUAUUGAUGAUUUCAAAGGUAAUCUUGCAAUCAUAUCGAUUGGAAAUCCGAUGGAACCAAAUAAGCAGUUGAAAUUCGAGCUUAGUUUUCGGAUAGCACGUGGACGUACGGAAGGUUUGGGUAAACCUUUGGAAUUUCGGGCUUUUGUUAAUAGCACAAGUGAUGAGAAGAAUUUGGAUGAUAAUUUAUGGAAAGCUGUCGUACGCGUUAUCAAACGAGCUGAGUUGGAACUUAAUGCUAUUUCUGAUCCUGCCAUUAUUAGGUAUGGCGGCGAAAUGAAAGGUGAGUCAGAGAUGGAAUUUGAUGCAGAUAUUGGACCACUUGUUGUGCAUAAAUAUACCGUUACAAAUAAAGGACCAUGGUCAGUGUCAAAUGUCACCCUUCAGGUUGAUUGGCCUUAUCAGGUUGCAAGUGUUUUCACGACAGGUAAAUGGGCAUUAUAUCUUAUGGAAGCACCAAUAAUGCAACUGACUAAUACUGAUAACAGUAAAGAUGUCAAACAGUGUACGAUGGUUUUACCACAUGAAUGGAUUAAUCCACUACAAUUGAAAUUUCUCAUGGAAACUGAAAAUGAACAUUACUAUGAGGAGGAGAGUAUUCGUGAUGAUGAUGUAAAUGAAGAAAGCCUUGAAGACGAUGAUAUCGAUGGCUUAAAUCGAGUUAAGCGAGGAGUUGAAGAAUAUCGUGAAAAGAGACCAUCUCGAGAAUUGCGAAUAAAAUCGACGAAAAUUCGUGAAAAAUCAGGUGAAGAAGUUGAAAUUGUCAAAGUGAAUUGUGCUGACAAAACAGCAAAAUGCUUCACCGUCGUAUGUCAUUUCGAUUUUCUGGAUGUCGAUGCUGCGGCAGUGAUAGAUUUCCGUUCUCGAUUAUGGAAUGCCACUUUUGUUGAAGAUUAUUAUGAUAUAGCAUAUGUUGAAAUUUUAUCAUCCGGUCGCUUAAUUUUGGAUCAAAAGCAAGGAAUCGAAGAGAGAAAUACGCAAAACAAUUUUGCAUCAGCAUCAACUCACGCAUAUCCGGAUCGGCCAGCUAUAUCGGAAACGGCACCAAUUCCAUGGUGGAUAAUUGCUGCAGCUGUUCUUCUAGGUCUACUAAUUUUAUUCAUUUUGAUACUCAUUUUCUGGAAAUGUGGAUUCUUCAAACGGAAUCGCCCACAUCAUCCAACACUCUACCAGGCGGAGUAUCAAUUUCGGCGAGAGGAAACAAGUGAGGCAUAG